AUGGCGGGAGAAGCGUGUUCGGCCGCGGCGGCGAGCAGGAGGAGGAGGAGGUGGUGGGCGGCGCUCGGGACCGUCUCCCUGCUCCUGCUCGUGGCCGUCGGCGGCGGUGGCGUGGCGUCCUACGGCGUGCGGCUGCGGGCCGGGAGCGCGGCCGCGGCGACGACGGUGGCGACCGGAGCGAGGCGGUGGCUGCGGGACUCCACCUCACGGCUCGCGGCGGCCAGGAUGAGCGACGUCGCCGACCCCGAUGCCGACGGGUCCGCGACGGGGGCCGUGGCUGGCGCGGUGGAUGACCCGGAAGCGGUGGCCUCACAAGUGCACAUGUCGAUCAGGAACAGCACCGCCCGCCGGAACCUGGGCGGGUACCUGUCGUGCGGGACGGGGAACCCGAUCGACGACUGCUGGCGCUGCGACCCGGACUGGCACAACAACCGGCAGCGCCUCGCCGACUGCGGCAUCGGCUUCGGCCGCAACGCCAUCGGCGGCCGAGACGGCAGGAUCUACGUGGUCACCGACCCGGGCGACGACGACCCCGUCACCCCCAGGAGAGGCACCCUGCGCCACGCCGUCAUCCGGAACGAGCCGCUGUGGAUCAUCUUCGAGCGCGACAUGGUCAUCACGCUCAGGCAGGAGCUCAUCAUGAACAGCUUCAAGACCAUCGACGGCCGGGGCGCCAACGUGCACAUCGCCAACGGCGCAUGCCUCACCCUCCAGUUCAUCACAAACGUCAUCAUCCACGGCCUGCACAUCCACGACUGCAGGCCCACGGGCAACGCCAUGGUGCGCAGCUCGCCGCGGCACUACGGGUGGCGCACCAUGGCCGACGGCGACGCCGUGUCCAUCUUCGCGUCCAGCCACGUCUGGGUCGACCACUGCUCCCUCUCCAACUGCGCCGACGGACUCAUCGACGCUGUCGAGGGAUCCACGGCCAUCACUGUGUCCAACAACUACUUCACCCACCACAAUGAGGUGAUGCUCCUGGGUCACAGUGACUUCUAUCUCAAGGACAAGGCAAUGCAGGUCACAAUAGCUUUCAACCAUUUUGGGGAAGGACUCAUUCAGAGAAUGCCAAGGUGCAGGCAUGGCUACUUCCAUGUGGUGAACAACGACUACACCCACUGGGAGAUGUACGCCAUCGGAGGGAGCGCCGAGCCAACCAUCAACAGCCAGGGGAACCGCUUCCUUGCACCAACCAACCCAUUUGCUAAGGAGGUGACAAAGAGAAUCGAGGCCGCUGAGACCACCUGGAACGCCUGGAACUGGAGGUCGGAGGGCGAUCUGCUGCUCAACGGCGCCUACUUUAUCCCGUCAGGAGCAGGCGCCUCAGCAAGCUACUCGCACGCCUCCAGCCUCGGUGCCAAGUCCUCAUCCAUGGUCGGGACCAUCACCUCUGGCGCAGGAGUCCUGUCAUGCCGCAAGGGCUCCGCCUGCUAGCACGCCACCGACAACAGAAAAAAACAUCCCAAGAAAACAUAGAAGCUAAAGCUACUAUAUGAAGAUAAGCCUU